GAAACCCGCGAAGGACGGGCGCCUAUUGGGCGUUCGGCUCUCUCAGAGCUAUGACGCAAAUAGAUCGCGCCGGUGGAGUUUGGUUUUUUUCUCCGCUUCCUAUCGUUGGCCAAUGGAGCGGCGGGGCGGAGCUACUUUUUAGAGUGUCAGCGCAGACUGGUGAGCGCAUCAUCGGGGGAUCCGAGUGUUGGCCACACUCCCAGCCCUGGCAAGUCUUCAUUUUUGAUAAUCGACUAACUCGGUGUGGUGGAGCCUUGAUCCAUGAGCAGUGGGUGGUUACAGCCGGACACUGUCUAGGAAGAAAUCUCGCAAUCCAUCUUGGGGAACAUGAUCUGCGCAAGCAAGACGAUGGGGAACAGAAUACCAAGGCGGUCCAGCUCAUCCGCCACCCUGAGUUCGAGCCAACAUCACUGAAAAAUGAUAUCAUGCUUCUGCAGCUGGAUCCCCCUGCCAUCCUGGGGGAUACAGCUAAGACCAUUCCUCUGACUAAAGACUGUGCACCCACUGGGACAAAGUGUGUGGUAUCUGGCUGGGGCGCUACUACUUUCCCCACAGUAAAUUAUGCCUACGUCCUGCAAUGUUUGGAUUCAACCAUCCUGUCAAAAGACAUAUGCAAGUCUACAUAUGGAACCUACUUUUCAGACCACCAGAUUUGUGCAGGACUAAUGGAAGAAGGCAAAGACUCAUGCCAGGGUGAUUCUGGGAGCCCCUUGGUUUGCAAUGGGACACUUCAUGGUUUGGUGUCGUGGGGAGCGGAGAAGUGUGCAUCCAAGAAAAGCCCUGCCAUCUACACAGAGAUAUGCAAAUUCAGGAAGUGGAUUGACGAUACCAUGGCUGCAAAUAACAAAAACAGCACCAGUAAGGGCUGAUGUCACUCAAUAAAUGGAGAUAAUG